CUUCCUCUGCAACAGGAUAGUGCCGGAGCAAAAGAGAAGGGACCACACACACCAUGAACCCACUUCUUAAACGCGGCCCUCUCUCUUUCUCCUUCUUGUUCGUUGCCAUGCUCGUUGCCUCUCCAAGUUUGGUUUUGUCGUUCAAGACGUUGUCCACGAGCCAACUCGGGAACAGGUACCACCAGCUGGCCCUCCCGAAGGUCGCCGGCCCCGAGAGCAUCGCCUUCGACUGCCAAGGGCAAGGCCCGUACGUUGGCGUCUCGGACGGGAGGAUCCUCAAGUGGGAAGGUUCUCGCCUCGGGUGGAGGGAGUUCUCCGUGCCUACCGCGCACAGGGACAGGAAAUUGUGCGACGGCUCCAAGGACCCUGAUAAGGAACAGAUAUGCGGGAGGCCGCUGGGGCUCAAAUUCAACAGCGCGACGUGCGAUCUCUAUGUGGCGGAUGCUUACUAUGGACUUCUAAAGGUCGGGCCCCGCGGCGGCAUCGCCCACCAGCUUGCGACUUCCGGCGGUGGAGUCCCUUUCAACCUCACCAAUGCUCUCGAUAUCGACGCUUGGACGGGAGCUGUUUAUUUCACGGACAGUACGAUUUCCUACCAAAGAAGGAACUACAUGUUGUCCAUUGAGAAUGGAGACAAAACGGGAAGAGUGCUCAAGUAUGACCCCCACACCAAGAGAGUGACGGUCCUGCUCAGUGGGCUGUCCUUCCCCAACGGACUGGCCCUAAGCAAGGACGGCUCUUUCCUUGUGGUGGCUGAAACUGGCAAACUCCAGCUCCUCAAGAUUCCUCUCGGACCCACCAAGACAGGAGGACAUCAUGCGACGCCUGCACAGGUUUUCUACUCUCAGCUCGCAAGGUACCCGGACAACAUCAAGAGGAACGACAAGGGUGAGUUCUGGGUUGCCCUCAACAGUGGAAGAGGACUGGUCCUUCCCAAGACGGAGAGUCCUGAUCAGGGCUCAUUAGCGCAGGUUCAGGAUCAUGUUGAUGGUGAUGAGAUCCCUUGGUUCACCAAAGACCCAGUUGCAAUCAAAAUUAGUGAAGGAGGGAGAGUCGUGGAGAUGUUGGAUGGGGAAUUUGGGACGGCAUUUGAGUCGGUGAGUGAGGUUGAAGAGUUUGGAGGGAUGCUGUGGAUUGGGUCUGUGACAAUGCCUUAUGUGGGUAAGCUCAAGGCGUAUUAAGGCUUUUCUUGGUUGUUUAUACUUUGUGCUUGGCUAGUGAGCCAGUGCUUGUUGUGGCCUCUCCCUGUCUAAUACAUUUGUGAUUUCAGUCUCUCUUGAUGGUUUUCUAGCUUAUAUCAGUUCGA